GGGUGUCUGUAUACGUGGCUGCAGCAGGCACUAUAUGUGUCCCAAGGUGAUAAGGAGGCAAAGCUCCAAGCCUCUGACACUAAGCCACUUGUGAGUUACCAGCCCCUGGUGAAUGGAAGCAGGACCCACCCAGUGUGGCUCUGCAACUAACAUGUUGCCUCAGGACAGAGUCUGUGGAUGAUCACGAUGGGAAGCCAAGGAUUCAUCCUGCUGGUGCUCCUGCUCAUCCUGGCCGUCCUCUGCCAUUCAGGUCAUAGCCUGACAUGCUACAGCUGUGUGUCACCAGUGAGUGGUAACUGCACUAAGACCUCCGUUUGUUCAUCGAAUUUUGACUCGUGUCUCUACAUUGAAGCCGAGCCCAAAUCCUAUUACUACCAGUGCUGGAAGUUGGCGGACUGCAGUUUCGAGCGCAUCUCGGCUUCCUUGGGGCUUCAGAAGCUCCAGUACCGCUGCUGCCAGCAGGACCUGUGUAACAGGAGCUUUGGCACCACUGUCUCCGGGAAGAUGGCUCUGCUGGUGACCCCGCUGCUGGCAGCAGCCUGGCACCUUUGUCUCUAACUCAACACUGGGAGGCCCUUCUCCUAAACUUUCUGCUUCUGUAUAUUCCUUGUUUCCCCUGCUGCUGCAUUCCCAAGGCUAUUUUCACCUGGAUCCUAUUGGGAAGGAUUAAAACUAGCUUGAGCCACUUGGAAAAAAAAGAGACUCAGCGCCUUUGAAGACCGGUCGUGUUGGCAGCAAAGACCCGUCGGAGGGAAGAAACUGAAGAGGGAGGUGCGGGCGAUUUGAGCUAGGUCACGUGCUUGUUGCAAGACCGGCUUUGCGGUGGCCGCUGGAGUACAUUAGACUCUGCGUGUCUCCGUUCUUUCCCGUCUCAUUCCUUGAAUGUAGUUAAAGAGUAUCAUGAGUGCUUUUGGGGGCAGACCGGGGCAGGGGGUUCUUUUCAGCAGUCUCUCGGGGAAUGCUUUCAUCCUCUCCCUUUACGGGCCCUGUGCUGCCACGCAGGCACAAAGAACCUUCCACGUGUGGGCUGUCAGGGGCAGUGAAAUUCCUAAUGCAGAGCAAUUGGAAUGACCUUGGUCUUCGCAACUAGCAGGUGUCUGGCAAGGAAGAAGGUAAGCCCUCCACAUGGCGGGGCACGGAAACCCCAGGUCUUCCGAGAUCUGAGUUUUCCUCUGUCCCUAGAUUGUGUAUGGGCUACUCUGUCUUCCCUAGAAAAACUUAAUAGGACAUAUUAAUGAUAUGUUAAAACUACCCCUCCCACUUUUUUAUUGGAAUGGUGGGAUAUCUUGGCUUUGUCUCACAUAGUUAAAAGUCUGAACAUUUGGACAUCCUGUGUUAAAAAUGACUUGCGGUAUUAAGUGUGCUUGUUUUGCAUAGUACUGGUAGCAAGUCUCUUCAUACGUGUACUUAUACUGUAUGAACACAAUGGGAAGAGCCUCUGAGUUGCAGGUGGGGACCUCCAAGUGUCCUCACGAACAGCAGCAACAGCAAGGGUGUGAUUUGCCUGCCAACUUCCGGCCUGUUGACUCCUAGCUGACUUAGCACAGAUUGCGUAAAAUGUAAAAUGCAUGUGUAAGGGUUAUUAACAUAAUCACAAUUGUUAAGGCUUUGGGAAACUCUUCUGGUUUCCUGAAAAGUGAUCCACCUUUUCAGGAGGGCAACGUUUUGCCUUUUUCUAGUGGGUGAUGGUGAAUAUUUCUUAAGGUCCGGUAGACUUAAGGACAUUUGUGUUCUUAUAAUCUUGAUUGUACUUAGCAGCAUAGCCUGAUUUUUGCAGAUGAUGCUAGGCUUUCAUGAUUAACAUUUUUUUAAGACCCCUUGAUUAUGUAAUCUCAACAAACCGGGAGGAAUGCCCUUCCAAAAAUAAAAUUUAAUCAAAUGCA